CCUAUACACCUCGCCUGCCUUCAGCCUCAGCAUCUACAGCCUCCGCAGCCCACAGGAAAUGAGCUUAAUACAAAGAAGACAUCGCUGAAGAUUUGAGUCUUACUAGACGCACUAUCAUCAAUGAUCUUUGGAUAUCACUGCUAUACAAAGAAUUAAAAAAGACAGGAAAAAGAAAAAAGAGAGCUGUAUGAUGCUGAUCACACAGCUUUUGCAUGUGUAUAAUUGUGAAGAAACGGAAUGAGCACUGACAGAAUGCCAACGAGCUUCACUCAAUGUACAUUGUGCAGGUCAGUGAUCACUUUAGGUUAUGGAUGGUGAUUUGCGACGACAGAUCGGGAGUCUUUGACGAGAAGGGAGGAAAAGAGGGAGAGUGAGAGUUUGGAGUGGAUUAUUCCCUCCUUCAUGCGCGUUUUCCCCCGCUCGUCUCUCCCACAGAUCAGAGCAGCAGUCAAUGCAGAGGAAAGGCAGAGAGAGGACAACGCUCAUGCAUGCAGCCCGGGAAACUUGCACUUCCUACCAGCCUGCUGAAUGCCACUUGGAUUCAUUCUCGUUUUGGCUCUUUCACACGAGGAGAACUAAGACAUUGUAAGUCUGCCAGGAUCUGGUGUCCGAUGAAAAGGAGGGGGGGCUGAAUUUGUACCACACUGGGGUCUUUUUUAGUUUCGCACAUAAUUAGUGUCGGCACAAAGGGAUCAACUGAAUAGAGGUUGUCAGCCUCUGGAAAGGGGUGAGUAGGCAUCCUUUCAUGUGAGAUUGAUUCACGAGGAGCGCAAUUUUUUUGUACCUUCGUCUCUCUUUUUUUUUCUCUGAUCUAGCAUGAGCAAAGUGACUUGUCGUUUAUUUGCCGUCGCUCUUCUCAUUUCGACGUGGUAGGAUAUCUUGAUUCUUUAAGUAACAAAUCACCAUCCAUAUUCUCUAGAAAUACACAUCAGCUGAAAAGACUUGGGGAGUUAAAAAUCACAAAAUCCAAAAUGACCAAGAUCUGAAAGAUUCAAUGGACUUUUUCUCUACGACACUGCAGGAUAUUCAUGCUAAUGGAUUUCCUCCUAAUUGGUCUGUACCUAAAGUGGCCACUAAGGAAGCCCCCUGGGCUAAUACUCUGCUCCCUGGGCAUUGUUCUGAAAAUAGUUCCAUUGGUGGGGGGGAACUGUCCGAGGCCGUGCCGAUGCGACAACAAGCUGUUGUAUUGUGAAGGGCUCAACCUGACUGACAUCCCCCAAAACCUGAGCAGCGCCAUUGGUUUGUCCCUGCGCGAGAAUAACAUCUCUGAGUUGCGGGAGGGGAACUUUGUGGGUCUGUCGCAGCUUACCUGGCUCUAUUUGGACCAUAACAACAUCGAGAUUGUGGAGGAGAACGCCUUUGAGAGGCUGCGAAGGGUUAAAGAGUUGGAUCUGAGCACCAACCGGAUAGAGAGCCUGCCCAACGGCACCUUCAGACCUCUGCCCAACCUACGAAUACUGGAUUUAUCCUAUAACAGACUUCAAUCCUUGGAGCCAGACCUUUUCCAUGGCCUUAGGAAGCUUACCAAUUUACAUUUGCGCUACAAUGCCCUUAAAUUCAUCCCUGUGCGGAUUUUCCAGGAUUGCAGGAGCAUGCAAUUCCUGGAUCUGGGUUACAACCAGCUGCAGAGCCUGGCACGUAAUUCAUUUGCCGGACUCUUCAAGCUCACUGAGCUGCAUCUGGAGCACAACGAGUUGGUGAAAGUCAAUCUGGCCCAUUUCCCCCGCCUCAUAUCCCUGCGGACCCUCUACAUGCGAAACAAUAAGGCCACCAUUGUGGUCAGCACCCUUGACUGGACCUGGGACCAUUUGGAGAAGAUUGACUUCUCCAACAAUGAGAUUGAGUACAUUGAGCCACACGUGUUCGAGAGUGUGCCCAACCUUAACACUCUUAUGCUGGACUCUAAUAAACUGACUUACAUAGAUCAGCGGAUUUUGGACUCAUGGAAUUCCCUGACCAGCAUCACUCUGUCGGGUAAUGACUGGGAAUGCAGCAGGAAUGUCUGUGCCUUGGCUUCCUGGCUCAGCAACUUCCAGGGACAACGUGACAGUGGCCUGCUGUGCGCCAGCCCAGACAUCGCACAGGGUGAGGACAUUCUGGAUGCCAUCUACGCUUUCCAGUUAUGCGAGGACAACGUGGAAGCAACAACGCAGAUCUUUACCGCUACCAGAAACCGUGCCAGAGGCUUCAUAUUCGAUGGCCCGACGAGAAACCCCUAUGAACUGCAGGAUGUGGAGGGCGGGGAAGUGGUGACCAACUCCUUAACGGUGACUGCGUCUGCUGAUGACCUGGAGAGUACCAUGCAGAUUCACAAGGUGGUGACAGGCACCAUGGCCCUAAUUUUCUCCUUCCUGAUCAUGGUCCUCAUGCUCUAUGUGUCAUGGAAAUGUUUCCCAGCAGGCAUCAGGCAGUUGAGGCAGUGCUUCACCAGCCAACGUCGCAAGCAGAAGCAGAAGCAGACCAUGCAGCAGAUGGCUACUACGUCUGCAUCUGAGUACUACGUUGACUACAAACCCAACCAUAUUGAGGGGGCACUUGUCAUCAUCAACGAGUACGGCUCUUGCACAUGCCAGCAGCAGGCAUCUCGAGAGUGCGAGGUGUGAUAUGCCACCCAUGCCAUUUUAAAAGUCAGUGGUUUCAAAGUAUAAAUGGAUACGGAACACACGUUAACUUGGCACCUCAUUUUGCUGCUCUCAGGAGGAAGUUAACAUUUCUCGAGUGCAAAUGGACUAAAAACAGGGAUUUAGUGCUGGUUUCAACAGCCUCCAAGCCUUGUGGGAGAAUCUGACUCUGACACCUGUGUACUUGAUGCAAAAGAUGUGGAAUAAUUAUGUUGACCUGUCCUGGCUUCUCUUAUGAAGAGUGGAUAUUUGAGCUUUAAUGUGUCUUUCUACUUCAGGAUAUUCUAGGACUUUCUAAAGCUAUCAAGGACAUCCAGAACACAAUUUUUACUGUGGUAACAAACAGACAAAAUUGGAGAGGAAAACAACAAAACAAAGAAACCCUUAAAAAAAGAUUCUAUGUAAAAUAUGUUAACAGCAGAAAUGCAAGAGUGGGGAUAAAAUGCAAGAUGUUAUCCUAUUUCUUUUGUAAUCUAUGGAGAAAAAAAAGAGGAAAAUACAAAUGUUUAAAUAAAUGAAUUGCAAUUCACAGUACUCAUUAUUGCAGGUGAGUUGGAGGGUUGCUUUUUUGUCUGUGAUCGCGGGGAAAGAUGUUCAGAGAGCUCUGCAGUAUUGCAGGAUGUAAAUAAGCAGGGCUGCUGGGAGCGCUUCACUUCAUUUGAAAUGCUAAGCCUCAGUCUAAGAUUCAGAUCUCCUUGUCUCUCCCUGAGAUAUAAUCACUGUGCAAAGCUUGAUUGCUAUGGCUGUGUGCAGUUGCCCCCCUUGUACCUAUCCUGAAUAGAUUAAGCAAACUAGCAAAAAACAAAACAGGCUGACGCGGUUUGAUCGGAUCUCACAUGAUAAAGUCAAACAUUUGUGUGCUGUGCAAAUAAACAAGACAAGGAGUGUCUAAGACCUUAAUUCCCUUCACUGCUUCGACACACUUCACACAUAAAAAAGAGCCUCAACCAAGGGG